UUUAAAAUGGCAGAUUGGUACGAUGUAGACAUGCUCUGUGUUCUUUACCUCCACUAUAUCCUCAGCUACGUCUACAUCUUCAGACUUCUACUAACAUACCAAGGAGACUUAGCCAUACCACGAUCAAUUUUAUUCCUAGUUAACUUAUCGACGAAUAUCUACCAUCAUAUAGCUGGAGUCGAAUUUCAGAAUGUGAAUUGGGAAGCCAUCAGACAGGUCGUUGGGUGGAGUGAAAGAGGAUGAAAUAAAGCAAGCUGAAUUUUAGGAUGAGAUCUUGUAUUCUUAAGAUGGCCUUCUUUUAGAAAAAUCAGAAAUCUCGUGAGAAAGAUAGAGUCUAAGAUUGGGGUUGUUCUAACAAUUAUCCGAUUCAUUUUAUGAUUCAACAAUAUCAAUUAUAUCUUUUCUGCAGAAGGAUCAUCAGACUUAGAAAUGGGAAUAGUCUAUUUCUACCUCUAUUUUGUAAUAACCUUUUUCCAUACUGAAUGAAUGAGGUCAAUAUUUAAUAUCUUAUGGCUUUUAAUCCAGUUGCCGCUGAUAUUCGUAUGGCUGGUUUUAUACUUCUCUUGUCUUCAGUCUUGAUUUAAAGGAAUUAACAGAAACAGACAAGAAGAAAAUCAAGGUCCGGACCCUCUUCAAGAGAUUCAUAUUGAUAACAUUGACGAAGCCCGGAGACUACAAGCACUGAAUCUGAUGUUGGGCCCCGCUCAAGGUCAUCCUGAAAAUAGAGUAAACAAUGACGGUGAUAUUGAACUUCCAGAUUUACAAAACUUUGUAAAUGCUUUAGGAAGGAUGGUCGAAGGAAUGCACCAGAUUGAGAGGAACAACUCCGUCAAAAUGGUACAGCUUAUGAUGGACAGCUGGAAAAGAAAGUUCAAGCAAGAAGAUAUCGCAGUAAACCCUAACUGAUGUGUCUGACUUGAUGACUUUGUAGCUGACGAAGAUAUUAUAGAACUCCAUUGAAAUCCAGGUAGUCAUGGUCAUAUAUUUCACCCAGAUUGAAUAAAUAGUUGGUCAGAAAAAGAAAAGACCUGUCCUCUUUGAAGAAAGAAUUUCGUUGAAUUGAUUAGACAAGAGCACAGAAAUGAGAUGCUCAAUAAGGAUGAGGAAGAGAAGAAGCAGUCUCCUGCGAGAGCGAUUGGCCCAUCGUAUGGUAUUUAUGCUAGAGAAGAAAACCAGUUAAGAAAUAAUGGAGGCCAAAGCCUAUCUUCUAUAAUUGAAGAGGAACCCUAUAAUCCAAGAAGAUAUUCUUUAAGUGAUGGGAGAUCUCAUAGCCAAAGUUUUGAUGGUUCCCAGAGAAGAGCUUCCGAAGGGGGUAUACCUUCUAACAGAAGACCAAGAAGUAGAGGAGGAAGUGAUCCAUCUAUCAGAACCCACUCAGAUAUAAGACCUGUUAUAGAGGAAAAUAAUGUUCAUAUUGGAGAGAAUGUGGUCAUUGGAAAUAAUGUGAUCUUUGAUGCAAGACAGAGAGCAGCUUCAGAUGCAGGCAAUUAUGAAAGUGCUCAUUCAGCAUCAAGCGCUAGAGUGAGAUCCGAAGGUAAUUAA